GGCUGGCCAUCGACCAGGAUUGAUGGCAACACACGCUUACACUCGUGUACGAAUGUGUUGCAUACUGUCUCUCGCCGCGGAUUCUGCCAGAUUCUGCAUGCAUCGCACACACCUUCGCGUAUACGAAGUACGCGAAACAACACAUACUCUUGCUUUUGAGGUUCACCGUUCCAGAUGAAAUGUUUACCAAGUUCGUGUGCUGAUCGUAACAAGUGCUUCGACUCUCUGCCCAGCGAAGCGAGCUGUCCAGCCAGUGAGUCGUAAACAAGAUCUGCACGCCGCAGUCAUGUUGACGUCGGCUUCGAGCACGCUCUCCAACAAUGGAUCGUCGUACAGCAACGAGAGAAGUAACGCCGGGGCCGCGGGCGAGCCCGAGGUCGGCACCGACUUCGUGUCCGGUGGAUUCUUUCAUGCCGAUUACAAAAAGCACGAUGAUCUGAAGCAAAUGCUAGACAGCAAUAAAGAUGGCAUGAAACUCGAAGCCAUGAAAAGGAUCAUUGGUAUGGUAGCCAAAGGCAAAGAUGCCUCUGAUCUCUUUCCAGCAGUGGUCAAGAAUGUAGUAUCCAAAAAUAUUGAGGUCAAGAAACUGGUUUACGUGUACUUGGUGCGCUAUGCAGAGGAUCAACAAGACCUGGCUCUCUUAUCCAUUUCUACAUUUCAGAGAGCUCUGAAGGAUCCUAAUCAGUUGAUCAGAGCCAGUGCUCUAAGAGUUCUUUCCAGUAUUCGAGUGCCUAUGAUUGUUCCAAUAGUGAUGCUUGCCAUUAAAGACUCUGCAAGUGACAUGUCUCCAUAUGUAAGAAAAACUGCCGCUCAUGCCAUUCCCAAAUUAUACUCUCUAGAUUCUGAACAAAAAGAGGAGCUUGUAAGCGUUUUGGAAAAGUUGCUGUCUGAUAAGACUACUUUAGUUGUAGGAUCAGCAGUGAUGGCUUUUGAAGAAAUAUGUCCAGAUAGAAUUGACCUUAUUCAUAAGAAUUAUAGGAAAUUGUGCAAUUUAUUAGUGGAUGUAGAUGAAUGGGGUCAAGUUAUUAUAGUCAAUAUGUUGACAAGAUAUGUUCGAACUCAGUUUGUAAAUCCAAACAUGGAUGAUCUCGACGCCGACGAUCAAAGACCAUUUUACGAUUCCGAUUCUGACGCGUCCGGGUCAAUGAAACCAAAAUUUUCGCUCGAUCUGGAUCAUCGUUUGCUCUUACGAAACACGAAACCACUGCUGCAAAGUCGGAACUCGGCAGUCGUAAUGGCCGUAGCUCAGCUGUACUACCACGCAGCACCACUGGCCGAGGCCGUUGUCGCUUCCAAGGCCCUUAUUCGUUUACUGAGAGGACACAGAGAGGUGCAGAGCGUCGUUUUGCAUUCCAUUGCCAGCAUAUCAAUUUCUAGAAAAGGAAUGUUCGAACCGUAUUUGAAAUCGUUUUUCGUCCGAACAUCCGAUCCAACUCACAUCAAAUUACUCAAGCUGGACAUACUCACGAACUUGGCGACCGAAACGAGCAUCGGAGUAAUUUUGAGGGAAUUCCAAACUUACAUAUCAAGCAGUGACAAGGAAUUCGUCGGCGCGAGUAUUCAAGCUAUCGGACGCUGUGCGAGUAACAUAAAAGAAGUCACUGAUACUUGUUUGAAUGGUUUAGUCUCGUUAUUGAGUAACAGAGAUGAAACCGUAGUGGCCGAGAGCGUAGUCGUCAUUAAGAAAUUGCUCCAAACUCAGCCGAACGAGCACAAGGAUAUAAUAGCUCACAUGGCGAAACUCAUGGAUUUCAUUACCGUGCCUCAAGCCAGAGCCUCGAUCCUGUGGCUCCUGGGCGAGUACUCGAAUCGCGUGCCAAAAAUCGCUCCGGACGUCUUGCGCAAAAUGGCCAAGACCUUCGUCAACGAGGAGGACAUAGUCAAGCUGCAGACCCUGAAUCUAGCCGUGAAGCUGUACCUCAACAAUCCCGAACAGACGACGAAAUUUUGCCAAUACAUAUUCCAGCUUGCCAAGUACGAUCAGAAUUACGACAUACGUGAUCGAGCUCGCUUCUUGAAGUUCUUCAUCUUCGCCGAGGAGGAGCGACAGCAGGAGGCCGACAGCAAGGACCUGACCUCGCAAGCGAGAAAGAUCUUCCUCGCUCACAAACCGGCUCCGACGCUGACGACUCGCGUGAAGGACUCGGAGUUUCAACUGGGCACCUUGUCGCACUAUCUGGACAUGCCCUGCAACGGUUACAGGCCGUUGCCGCCGUUCCCCGAGGUCGCCCCCGACUCCUCGGUGAGAGACGUGCCCGACCCGACGGUCACCUUCGACCUGCAGAACGACCGAGUGGCUCGCGGCAAAGGCGACAAAAAGAGCAAGAAGCUGCGCGAGAAGAAGAAGAACUUCUACUCGGACGAGGACAGCUCGCCCCAGGCUUCGGACGAUGAGAAUUCCAUCGGCGACGAGAGCGGCAGCAACGAUUCCGACGACGACGACGCCGAUAGCGGCAGUAACAGCAGCAGCGACAGCAGCACCGGCAGCAGCGGUACCAGUUCGGAAGAGGACGAUGAAUCCUCCGCGUCCAAGGAUACUCCGGAUCGAAAGACCGUGAAAAAAGUAUCCAAUAACAAAAAAGCAGUCAGCGACGAGGACGAGGACGACGAGGAAGACGACGAUGAGUCGGACGAUUCCGACGAGUCCAGUAGCGAGGAGUCCUCUUCCGAAGAUUCCGGCAGCGAGCCCGCAGUGGCGAAGCCAAAAGUUUCGUCGGCUAGCAAGAGCAGCAACAAGCCAGAUGCCAAAGUCGAGAAAAAGCCCCAGCCAAAAAGUAACUUGGAUCUUUUGCUCGAUCUAGACGAGGUUGUGCCAAUGACGCCCAUCAUGACGCCGAGUUUGGGCGGCUUUCUCACUCCCAUGAUGCCGACUCCUUUCGCAACGAUCGCCGACGGCAUCAGAGAGGUCUCGAGCUCCUUCGUGCCCGUCAAGAAGCACGAGCUGCUCAACAAAGUCAGCGGCCGAGGCUUGAAGUUGGAGUACCGAUUCACUCGCUCGCCGCAUCUGAUGAAUUCGACGUUGGUCAAUAUCGAACUCUUGUUGGCUAACGAGAGCAACGAAUUGAUCAAGGAUAUUCGCGUUGGAAAUAAGAAUUUAUCCCUUGGAAUGAGCCUCUGCGAGUUCUCGACCGUACCAGUUUUACAACCCAACUCAUCCCUGUCUUGUUCGAUCGGUAUCAACUACAACGACUCGACGCAGCCAGCGUCGUUCAACAUAGAUUUCAUCGUCAAAGACGAGCUGAUAUCUCGUAGCGUCGCGAUCAAAGCGCCGAUCGGCGAAAUCAUCAGGUCCGUACUUCUCCCGGAAACGAUGUUCAACGCUGAAAAAGACAAGCUCAAAGGCAUGAACGAGCACACUGCCACGUUUGACUGUGCGGAAAGCAAAAAGACGCUGUGUCAAAAGAUCGCGGAAGCUGCGAAUCUAGCCGUCGUCUCCAACGACGACGAGAACAUAAAGCUCGCCGCUCGAACGUUAGCGUCCAAGUCACUGGUACUAGUUACCGUGAACACGAGCGUCAAGGACAAUUUAAGCGUCUGCGUUAAUUGCGAAAAAAUGGUUAUCGGCUCGAUGCUGCUGAACGAGCUUAAAAGUGCUUUAAAGUAAAAAUCUCGCAUUUAUGUGUAUUAUGUUCGGUGGUUGAUAAAAAAAGCUCUAUAACUCGUCCAAGAUUUAUAAACAAAAAUAUAUAUAUAUAUUUAUUUUCUUGCAGUCUGAGGAGUUUUAUGUUGAACGGUCUUUAAAAUGAACAUGUAUUUUAAAUGAAAAAAAUAUCACUCUAUGUAUAACAAUGACUGUGGUAAAAGACAUUUUUAUAUUCUAUAAUGCAUAGGCAAUAUAUAUAAUUUAUGAAAGAAAAAUAAA